AACCUGGCUAAAGAAAACUCAGAAAACGCAGUGCUGGGAGCCAAGAUUACCCGCCAACAACACGAUAAUCUGGACGCUCGAUUGGCAAGGGCCAUUAUUCGUCCUGUGAAGACUGGACUGGACUGGACUGAGUUGACUUCCGGCCGCACACUGCGUCUCCCAGGAGAAAUGGUGGCACCGACCCCACCAACCGACUUCAACUACGAUGACUAUGCAGCUCGUUUAGUACAUCGUAUGCGACAGUUGCCCAGCUGCGACGGUCCUCCUAUUUUCUCUAAAGACAAACGAAGGCGGGGCAAUUAG